AUGUCCUCUUACAAGCGAUCCCGGGCGAACUUCGAAUCAGAUCAGCAUGCGCCGUACGCUGCCUUCGGCACACCACUUCCAGACGAGAAUGAAGGCCGUGACGAUGGCUCCUAUCUGCCUCUCUGGAAGCAAGAUGUCCGUGAUGAGCGAGGAAGAAAAAGACUGCAUGGAGCUUUCACUGGCGGCUGGAGUGCUGGGUACUUCAACACAGUCGGCUCGAAAGAAGGCUGGACGCCUUCCACGUUCGUAUCUAGUCGCAACAGCCGAAACAAAUUCGAUCAAAGGACCAUUGAACAACGAGCGCAAGAUUUCAUGGACGACGAGGACUUAGCAGACGCAGCCGAGGCGCAGCAGCUCAAAACCUCGCAGGCAUUUGCUGGCUUUGGCUCCUCUGCCGAUGACCAAGGACAAGCUGGUGGCUUGACAGGCCUACUCAAGACCGAAGGAGAUACUAUGGGACUCAAGCUGCUGCGCAGAAUGGGUUGGAAGGACGGACAAGGUAUAGGGCCAAAGGUGCGGCGGACGGCACGACUGGAAAGCAACAUCUCGUCGCAAGCAGACGACCUUACCUACUUGUUUGCACCCGAUGAUACAGACAUGAUCCGAUUCGUACGAAAAACGGACCGCAUGGGUCUCGGAUACCAAGGCGAAGCCAAACUUGGCAAAUCACAACCUGAGAACGGGAGUGAUAAGGAAGAUGAAGUCGAUUUUCUAGCCCCGAGAAAGCUCUCAGCGCCCGGUAUGAAGCUUAAAGACAAAUCCAAGUUACAGCGUGGUGGAAUGGGAGUGGGGAUCUUGAAUGACAAUGGCUCAGAUGAUGAAGACCCGUAUGAAAUGGGUCCCAAGAUCAGCUACAAUCGCGUUCUAGGUGGUGACAAGAAAAAAAAAAAGAAAGCCACAGCAGUGGCGAAUCCAUCCCUGGGAGCCGCACCCGUUUUUCUACCCAAGGGAGCUCGCGCUGGCAGGAGCUUGCACCGGUGCCACGAUGGUCGAUUACCGCUUGAUGGCUUUAUGCUGGCCAAGGCAGUAGACGUUUUGACGGCACUGCUAUCAAAGUACAAGCCGCUCGGGGUCCCCGAGGGCUGGACUUCCACAAAAUCGGCAAUCUCCCGAUCAGAAGGCAGUGCCUACCAGCCUGCAGCAGAUGCGGCAAAGGUGUCGACGUUGGACCCCAGGUCGAGGGCCGCCAUCUUAGGUGAGAAGGCCCUUCCCGGCAAGUCAGUCUUUGACUUUAUAUCUGCUGCCGCGCGAGAUCAGCUCGUGACCGCUUCUGGAAAAGCAAACCUCCCGCCUGGCUUGGGUGAGGUACCGGCAGAGUACGCACUGUCUCAAGAAGAGAAAUUGAAGGCGCUCUGGGAGCAGGUACCGAAGGUGGACAAGGACACUGCCAUUGCGGCCAUUUCUAGAGGGUCCUCUGGUCCAUAUGCCGACGACGAGCGCAAGAGGAAUCGAUAUCGAGCUUACCUGGAGCACGGUGCGAAUCAAGAUCGUCCACUGCCUGCCAAAGCUGUAGGUCUCUCAGACGACGACUACCUGCGAGAAAUGACGGAAUUCUACAACUGCGCUCGAAUAUUCAAGCCGAUGACGGGCUUCAUGGCCUCGCGAUUCACAACGGCCAAGACGCAACCUGGCACGGCAGAUGACUCCAAGACAAGCGACGUCGUGUUGCAGCCAGAGCCCAAGGUGACAGAUGCCGCCGAAGACGCGGCCAAAGUUGGUAUGUACGGCAAGCUGACGAGAUCGGUGCGGGACUUUUAUCCGAGUCGGCUCCUGUGCAAGCGGUUCAACGUGCGAGCGCCGGCGCAUUCGCAGCCGGACCGUGAGGCAGAGAGCACCAGAGGAGCGGCCCAAGGAGCUGCUGACCAGGAGCCAAGCCAACUGCUUCUGACUUUUGAGGGUGCAAGUGCAGUGACAGGACAGCAAAGUGCGCCGUCGCUAGUGAAGCCUGAGCCAGUCAAGGUCGACCCUGAAAAGAAUGAGGCUGUCGAGGCUAGUGCGGCGAGCCAGGAUUUGUUAAAAGCAGUGUUUGGGGACACGUCCCCGGAGUCAGUUGAGACUUUGGUGCACUGCGAGCGCCGCGCCGCCAACCACGAUACUGCCACCAAAGGAGCCUCCUCGCCCGCCGACCACGACGUCGCCGAGCACUCGCCGCCUCCGCCGCAGUAUCCCGUCUCUGAAGCCUCGUCUUCGUCUCGGCCCCCGCCCUUUUCCUCGCUCUUUGCGUCGGUAGAGCUCCCCGAGCGACCGGCUCGCAAGUUUCCUCCCGCCGUCGGCAUAGCAGCCGUCGCCGCCCCCUGCGAAGAAGCUAUCGCGUCGGGCUCCGUCGCUGCGCCGGCCUAUUCGUCCAGCCUCGAAGAGUCUACGCCAUUUGAUCCCGAUCAGGGCGCAGGACGAGCAUUUCAGGACCCUGUUCAGGAGACCAAACGCGCUCUCCCCAGCGAUACAAAGGCCGACUCUGGCGGCAAAGACGACGACACAGAACCGCCACCCGCAUAUUCUGAAGGAGACAGUCCUCUCCAAUCCUUUACAUUUCUGAUGGCUGCCGCCGGUGGAACGUCGAGUAUCAUUACUCAGGUCCAGCAGGGUGGACCGCCCAUCAACGCAAUUGGAGAUGUUGGCGCCGAUGAAACCAUUGUGAUGGACCUUCGCGGUACCAGAUUUGUGCUAUCCAGAGAUGAGCUGCUGACACUCCCCGAAUUUGUGUUGCUUUCUCUCUUCCCCAACGGUCUAUUCCCAGAAGGCCACAUGGGUGGCCCCAACGAUGACGCGGUUCAAGUCGACUAUGACCCUGUGUCUCUUCAAUACAUGCUCGACUUCUUCCGCGAUGUUGCGCAGUCGAUACCCGUCGAUUCAGAGGGCGCUUCCAACGAUGGAGACUCGCACGGUCUAGACUCUCGUGACGAUGCAUCUAAGCGCGCUGGUAUCAUCGUUCUUCGAGAAGACCUUGACUUUUACGUUAUUCCCCCCAAGGCGGAUAUUACACAGGAAGCCAUGAUCAAAGUCAAGAGAGCUGCUGCACGGGCUCUACAGAAGCAAGAUGGCAUCUUUUCGGGAUUGAAACGCAGCGACGAGCCUGGAACCACCGAGGCACAUCUUAUUGAGAUGCUGACUGCUGGAGGUUUCAACCACGAUGACUGCUGGGGCCACAGAGCCGGCGAGCCCAACAAGGCCGUCAUUUGCAGCCUGGCGCUGACUCGGCUAAGAAGUGAUAUCCGUGGCAGCGACCUUGGCAACAAUGCGAUGGGUAUGGCUCAGAAGCUACUGUUGUUCUGGCGCAAGCCGGCACGCCGUUGCUGGUGGGAGGGCAUUGAACUAGACAAUGUCGACGGGGUCGAGGGCCAGCUCAAGGUUUGGAUCCGACGUGUAUGGACGCUGGAGAUGUCUGUCAUUGGGCUCCGAUGA